AUGAGGUUAACAGUUGGAAGUUCAGCAUCGGACGCUGAAGAAAUAAAACAAUUUGCCAAAUGGCUUUUGGAUAUAGGUGAGGGAAAUGUUGGUGGUCCAAAUGAUGGAGAAGCGUCAAUUGAAAUACCAAGCGACCUUCUAAUCACUGAUACAUCAGAUCCCAUUUCAAAUUUAAUUGAAUUUGUGUAUCCUUCAAUUCUCGAAAACUUCAACAAUCAAAAUUAUUUCAGUGAGAGGGCUAUACUUGCACCUAAGAACGAGGUUGUGCAUGAAAUUAAUGAUCGGUUGUUGUCACUAUUCCCAGGAGAAGAACGAGAGUAUCUUAGUUCAGACAGUCUUUGUCAGUCUGAAGAUCCAAACGCUACACAACAAAAACUAUACUCUCCUGAUGUGCUUAACGGUCUUAAAGUAUCCGGCUUACCUAAUCAUAGGCUAGCACUAAAAGUUGGCGUGCCGGUGAUGCUAUUACGUAACAUUGACCAACAAAAUGGGCUUUGCAAUGGUACACGACUACAAGUCAAAAAAAUGUAUAACCGUGUAAUAGAAGCCGAGAUAAUAUCUGGAGGGAACAUAGGCACACGCACUUAUAUACCAAGGAUUAGUUUGAUACCUUCUGAUAAAAAAAUUCCUUUUGAGUUUCAAAGGAGACAAUUUCCGUUGGCUGUUUGUUUCGCAAUGACUAUUAACAAGAGUCAGGGACAAUCACUGUCUAGAGUUGGUCUGUAUCUGAAGCAACCAGUUUUCACCCAUGGUCAGCUGUAUGUUGCUUUAUCAAGAGUUAAAACCAGACAAGGAGUUAAACUUCUGAUUUUGGACAAUGACGGCAAACCUACUAAUAAAACCACAAAUGUAGUUUACAAAGAAGUAUUUCGUGACUUGUGA